AUGGCGUCGAAAUGCGCGACGUGGGUACCGUCUCCGCGGCGUGGCUUGGGGAAAGUUAAACAGAUUGUUGGUUCUACUCUUCGGGAUUCAUCCAAUGAUGGCAUGGAACUUGUGACAAACUUUGAAUCAGACAAAUCUCCUGCAGAAUUUACAAAAUUAUAUAAAGAAGAUGAACUUCUUGGAGGACAUGUUAUAAUGCUUGGCGCAGAUCCUGCAAGCCAGGCUGCUGCACUGGAGGCACUACAUGCGUAUCCUGGUGAGAAUUUGUUAUCUAGUUGCUGCAAGAACUGUGAUUGCUCAUUGGGUGUUAUGGGGCAUCAAUUAGGGGCCCAGGGGCCACAGGAUCAAUUAGAGGGAUUUGAUCAGUUAGAGAUAGGAUUAGAUUAG